GAAAGUGAUGUUUUAUGACUAGGAGAGAUGACAGUUGCACUAUAAUAGCUUUCGUUUUCUUCGAAGCUGACAACAAAUAACCAUAGACCAAAGCGCACCAACAAUAUAUAUUCUAAGCCGCUGUUUCUUUUCAAGGAUACUGCUCAUACGUGGAUGAGGGUAUGGAUUAUUUAGACAUGGAUCCCCUUUGGAUCUACCAACACUAUUAUCCAAAAGAGAACGUGAACACAGACAAUAAAACCAUACUCUAUUAUGGUUUGCACAAUCAAGGGGCAACCUGUUAUUUGAACAGUGUGCUGCAGGUCCUCUUCAUGACUAAGGGCUUCAGAGAGGCUGUGGAAAGCCAAGAGCAGGAUAAUGUUGAACAGAACACUUUUGAUCUUCAGCUGAAAUGUUUAUUUGAGACUUUAAAGAAAAAACAAGCUCACACUAAAGAUGUCACAUCAAAACUGGGCAUUGAAAAGGUGUUCGAGCAAGGUGAUGCUGCUGAAUAUUUUGAGAAGAUUUUAAGCAAGGUCAAUCCGGAUGUGUCUAAGAUAUUUCAAGGACAUUUGAAGCACACUGCCACCUGUUCUAUAUCUGACCGUCAUGUGAACAGUGAGGAAGUUGGUCCAUUUUGGACUGUGCCUCUCUCUAUGGAAGAUAACAACUACAGUGUGAGAGAUGGUUUGGAGGAUUUUUUCAAGUCUUCAACUGUCAGUGGUGACAAUCAGAUGUACUGUGACCACUGCGAUGGGAAAACAGAUGCAAUCCUUGCAUGUAAGAUGGUACAUCCCCCAGAGAUUCUAACUCUGCUCCUCAAGAGGUUUGAGUUUGACUACAACAGGAUGUCUUAUGUCAAAAUUGAGAGCUGUGUGGAGGUGCCUCGAAUGUUACAGACAAAGGACUGUGACUAUGAACUCUAUGCAGUUGUGGACCAUGUGGGAAGUCUAAGAGGUGGACAUUACACUGCUAGAAUCAAGUCCUAUGAUGAUCACAACUGGUAUGUGUUCGAUGACAGCUACGUCACACAGCUCAAUUCAAAACCAUUUGAACAAGAUGAGAGUUUUAGGUCCCAGAGUGCGUACCUGCUUAUGUACAGGAAAUUGGAUUCUCCAGAUCGUCAGAUGAACCAUGAAACCGAUCACAAAUGUUCACUCAGUGACUCUCAACAAUCUACUCCUUCCUGUUCCUUUGAGAUGGGAGCCAGCAGAACAAGAGAAGAAGAAGAAGACAGAAAAGUUCAAUCAAAUCAAUCUAUCAAUCCAGUUGACUUGGUAGGGAGAACAGAAGUUCUCCCAGAGGAAAGACAGAAUGAUGAUGGAAAGGUUGGUGAUAUGAUAAGACAGAUGAACAUAAAAGUUUUGAGUGGAGAGGAUAACGUUGCGGCUACUGAUGAUAAAGACAAUUCGUUUAAUGGAGAGAAAGAACAGAAAGUAGGGGAUGAUGUUGGAGAAAAAGAACAGGAAGGUGAAGUGGCCAAUGUUGAGAUGCAAAAUAAUGAUGAAGGGAGCAGGGAAGAGGGAAUGACAAGAAAGUAUCAUAGUGUAAAAGGAGAACUGGAAGAAAGGAAGGAAGGUGGACAGAAUAAAAGAGAUAAGCCAAAGAAAAGGGAGGUUAUAGUUGUGGAUGUUGUGGAUGAAGCUGGACAGAAUCAAAGAGAUAAGGCAAGGAAACGGGAGGAUAUUGUUGUGGAUGGAGAUCAUGUCUUGGAAAAUGGAACAGAGGGUGAUGUGAUGAGUAGAAAGGAUGCGGUUGUGACGGACAGAGAUAAUAAUGAGAGAAAGAGGAAUAUAGAUGGUGCAGCAAAGACAAAGCCAGGUAGAAUAAUAGAUGACACUGGGGAUGGUAGAACAGCAAAAAUAAAUGGUGGUGAGUUAAAGACAAUACAGGUUGAAGUGGCAAAGUUAGGAGAGGAUUGUGAUGUGACAACGAUGAGCCAAACUAACCACAGUAAAUCUCCCAGUUCAGUUCAUAUGUUUCAGAACAGACUGACAGACAUCCCAGAGGAAACAACCACAUGUUUUUGCUUCAAGAGUAUAAGAGGGAGAGGUGAAAAGAGGAGUGAACAUGACAAAGGGAAGAAAAUGAAAUUGGAGAAGAGCAGAAAAGGUGAAAGGAAGAGUAUGUUAGGAGGGCAGAGUAGAAAAGAGAAAAAUAAGGAAAAGGCAAAUAGAAAAAAAAUUGAAAAGAGAAGAGAGGAGGAAAUAAAGAAAAGCUCAAAGAGAGAAUAGAGGAGAAAAAGAAGAACCCAGUGGGAAAGAGAAAAGGUUACCUUUAAGUUUAAAAUGAUACUAAUAAAUAGAAUGAAAAUCAUGAGAAUGUUUCUAUCUCAAAAAUUAAGUAAUGAACUUUGAUGGUAUUGUCAAUUGAACCAAACAAAGAUUAGUGAGACAGCUGUGAUAAAUUGCUCUUCUAAUUUUGCCAGACUGACAUGGCUUGGCAUUGUGCUUGUGUAUAUAGAUUCAAACAGAGCUAUAGUGGGCACCGGUUGUGAUAAUGAAAUAAUGGUAAUGGCAUUAACUUCGGAUCUGAAUAAUGUAAGGAAUCAUUUUUGUAAUUCAUACAUUUAAUAGAAUUUCAAACCGGAUUCAAAUGACCCUUUUUGUCUCCCCCUGCUUCACACUACCGGCUCAAAUUCAACCCACAUCUUAGAAACUUUCACUUUCCAUAACACAUACUUGAUGUCACGGUUCAGUUCACCAAUUCAGUUCAUGCCAUUGAUCCUUGAACAUCUCUGAUAGAGAAUCAUCAUAAUCACUGUUGCCUGCAAAGAUAUGAUUGGAACUCGAAAACAAUAUACUUUUAUUGAAGUGGUGGAUUAUUUUUAUCACAUUCUCUCAGGCUGGCUAGAUGUUUAUAAUCCCAGAGUGCACAGACUUAGGUACACUGACCUGGGACCUAACCCUAACCCUUUAACUAUCACCUUGGCAAUAGGUCACAAAACAGGAAAAUAUAAAAACAGAGACAGGUCAUCUCGAAAAGUUGAAGGACAGCUAUUGGUGAACUGUUGGGGGGGGAUCUUGGACGGUUUGGGUCUCACAAGUUUGUGAUCAUGAAAAGGAAACUAUGACAUAUAUUUUAUAUCAUUAUCAUGCACACGCACCCUCACACAUAAGUAUGGCUCUGUUGUGGAAAGACUGACACGUGUUUGAUAGUG